AUGCGGAUCAUCACAGCAGACGAGACGGGCCUGGUGAAGGUGGUGCGGUUGGAGAGCGGCGAGUGCUUGGCAGUGAGCGCAGGAGAGCAAGCCCGAGCCAACGCUGUCCGCGCGGUUUGCUUCGACCACGCCGCCCCUGCCGCAAGCCGCCACCGGGCUUCCGACGACUUCUUCGCAAGGAUCCACGUCGCCCGCGCGGCGGGUGCCGUCGAAACCUGGGACGUGUCGCAGUCGGAGCGGGAUGGGCAAACCGGCGGCUGCGCGCUCAGCGCUCGUGGGACUGCUGUUGAGUGCGCCGCUGCUCCAGUGGCCCUGGCCUGCCUCCCGCCGGCCUCGUCCAGCAGCAGCGAGUCUUCCCGCGUCCUGACCUGCAACGGAGAGGGAGAGGUGCAAGUAUCCCGCGCUGCUCCCGACGGCAGGUCGAACGACGAGGCGGAACGGACGACGUUGUCCAUCCGCGGACCAGUCAGCGCCGCCGUCGCCGACGGGGACGGCGGGUCGGGGCUUGCGCUUGCCGCCGGAGGCAAGGAGAAUGACCUCAAAACGUGGGACUUGGGCACCGGCAAGUGCACCUGGAAGGCGAAGAACGUGCCCCACGAUUUCCUGGACAUGCGACAGCCGGUGUGGAUAACCUCACUCUGUCCGCUGGCGGCGGCAACCGGCGGCGGCGGCGGGUUGCAGCAAAUGGUCGCGGGAACAGCGCACCGACAGGUACGCCUCUACGACGCCCGCGCGCAAAAGCGACCGACGCACUCCGUCGACGCCGACGAGCACGGCGUCACGACCAUGGCCGUCGCCCCGGACGGGAGGGAGGUGGUCGUGGCGGACACCGCCGGGCUCGUUCGCGUGCUGGACCUGCGGAAGAUGAAGUGGGGUCGGCGGUUCGAGGGGCCGGCGGGGUCCGUGCGAGGCCUCGCGUUCCACCCGACCUUGCCGGUGCUCGCCUGCGUCGGCCUGGACCGCAUGGCCAGGGUCUACGGCUACCACUCGCGGGAGCAGAAGUUCCAGGUCUACCUCAAGCAGAGGCUUAACGCCGUGCUCUUCGAUGGGGAGGAAGGGGAGGUUCAGGUCGCUGCAGACGGCGAGGAUGGCGAGAAGAAGAAAAGCGGCGCCAAGGACGGCGCCGGCGCCGGCGAGGAUUGGUCGGGGAGCGAGGGCUGGGGUUCCGGAGAGGAGUACGAGAUGGACGAAGCGGACAGCUCUGAGGAGGAGGAGGAGGAGGAGGAGGAGGAGGAUUCGCGGCGGCGAACGGCAACAACGCAAGUUUCGGUCAGGGCGAACGGGGGGAAGCCGUCCGUUGGAGAGGAAGACAGCGGGGGGGAGAGUAGCGAGGAAGAGAGCGUGGAUGACGAAGUAGAUGCAAGGGCUGGGAGCGAGGGUGGGAGUAGCAGUGACGACGACGAGAGUGAGGAAAGCGAAGAGGAGGCGAAGCCGCCACCGACGAAACGGCGGCAAGUUCAGAGAACUACGGCCUCCGCAAAAAAGCCUAGUAGACGAUGA